AUGUACCGAAACAUUCCUGAUAAAGACAUUGACUAUAUCAUUUGUUAUCAACCUUACCUGAGUUGUACAAUCAUGAUUGUCUUAACUGCAUUAAUUUUUUUGACUGCAUACAGUACUGGCAAGCCAACGUCGUCAUGUAACAUGGAAAAAGAUCUUUUUAUUUUGAUGGAUUCGUGGAAAAAUCGCACGAACCUUGAUGAUAAGGAAAAGCGAGUUUAUCUCAAAGAUUGCGACUUUUUUGACACAUGCAAACCUGACUUUGAAUGCGCCGAAGGAGGAUUCAAUGAGAACCUAACAUUUGCGAUCAAAUCCGUUGGAGCACAGUGUAAAACCUCCAAAACUUGGCUCAGACCUUAA